ACAGGUUUGACGUAUGGAACGACAUCAAUAAUUCAAUCUUAUAAAAUAGUUGAGAUUUUUGACCAAAAGACCAAGAAAUACAAAUGCCAGACUAAUGUUGUUGGUUGUUAAAUAGAUCAGGGCAUACUUUAUGUAAUUUAGUAUCAUCUCAUAUACACGCCAACCGGUGGUAAUAAUCUUAUCUUCACCCCAAAAAUGGUAGCAACAGUGGGUAAAGUUUUGAUCGCCUUUGCUGUAACAAUAAUCGUGACCUGGGGAUGGAAAGUACUAUAUUGGGCAUGGUUGAAGCCAAAGAAGCUAGAGAAGUUGUUGCGAAAACAAGGGUAUAAAGGUAAUUCAUACAAGUUCCUGAUUGGUGACAUCGUAGAGCUUGCAACAAUGGUGAAGGAAGCUAGAUCAAAGUCUAUCCAUCCCAUCUCCCAUGAUAUUUCUUCACAUGUCAUGCCUUUUGAUCACCAUGUCUUCAACAAAUACGGUAAAAAGUCAUAUAUAUGGUUCGGGCCAAACCCGAGGAUUUUUAUCAUGGAUCCAGAACUGAUCAAGGAGAUAUUAUCAAGACCCGACGAGUUUCAGAAGCCGCAUCCUGAGGCAUUUCGGGAUAGCAUCGUUGGUGGAAUUGUAAUCUCUGAGGGUCAUAAAUGGGAAACUCAUCGUCAAAUAAUCAGUCCAGCUUUUAAUGUUGAAAGUAUGAAGAGUAUGUUCACAGCAAUUUGUUCGAGCUGUAGUGAAAUGAUCAAGAAAUGGGAGCUUCUCACUGGGUCAACUGGUAUGGAGGAAGUUGAUGUUUGGCCCUACAUCGAUGACUUUGCUGGAGAUGUCAUUUCAAGAACAGCAUUCAGCGGCAGUUUCGAGGAAGGAAAGAAGAUAUUUCAAAUCCAAAAGGAGCAAAUGGAUCUUGCUAUCCAACUGUUGUUCAUACUUUAUCUUCCUGGAGCAAGGUACCAAUGAUUUUAAUUAGAAUUUGACUAUGUUUAUAAUGAAUCAUGAUCGGUAACACACCUUUUCUUUUAAAAAACAAUAUAGCUAUUAUUCAAAUCUGAAUUUUAGCUUUUUUCAACAAACUAGCAUCA